AAACAUGGCAGGCAAUAGGACCCAGAUGUGCACAGACAACAGAAGCGCAUUCACCAUCAGAAAAAAAUGAAAAUGUCACUCCACACCCUAAAGGCUGGGAGGAGAAACGUUUAGCUGCAUUCCUGUUCUCUUCUAGUAAACCAUCGAAUGGACUGACUCUGUACAGGCACAUUGGAGGGGGUGUGAACAUCAACAACACUCACAAGAGCUCCGAGAGAAGGUCCUGCUGUUGACAGCUUGUCUGUUGUCUAGACUUUCAGGAAGCCAGAUAUCUGCUAGCUCACUCUCACGUGUUUGCAUUUACUGGAGGUGAUUUGAAUGAACUGUAGAUUUCCACAGGGACACCAUGACGUCCCAGAAGGAACCACAACAGGGAUCUUCAUCCCUGACUAAGGUGACAGGGCCCAGCUCCUGGUCCCGGGUCAGUUGUCCCUGCUGUAUCUCCAGCCACAUAGAGCCUUUGGUUCUGAUCCAGCUGGCUGAGAGCGUCCAGCCCAUCACCAAACAGUGGAUCAUGUCCAUGAUAUCUGCACCUGUGAAGGCUGGAGGGGCUCAUCUGUUAGUUCACCCCGGAGAGGACAUGAAAGGGGACAUGAUAGUUGUGGCGGCCCCUCGCUGUACCCUUCUUAGGGUGACUGAGGACCUUGGCCUCUGCAAAACCUACCAGGAUGGAAACAUGACGGCCUUCUCCUUUGAUGACCGCGACAACUUUUGCAACAUUGAUGACAUGCAAAAGUUCCUGACGCUGGCAGAGAGGCAGUACAUCAUCAAAUAUCAAUUGGAUUCCAUGAGAGCCACGGAGGACCAGCGUAUCCCAGGAAUCCCAACACCCAAGGGGAAGUUGAAAGCCAGAGAGAGCAUCUUACAGAAGCUGGAAAAAACAGGCGUGAUCCGUAACGUCACUCCCCUACAUGAGCAGAAGCUUCUGACAGCUCUGGGGAAGCAGUGGUACUCUCAGAAGAGUCUGUGGGGGCAGCCUUUAGACUCCAUCCAUGCUUAUUUUGGUGGAACUAUAGCCUAUUAUUUCAGCUUCUUGGACUUCUACACUUUGUCGUUGUUUCCUCCAGCCAUUCUGGGCCUCUUCAUCACCUUUUUCCUCCCAAGUGCCAACUUCUCCAGUGGAAAUAAAAAUGAAAGCGAGCCGACACCACCAAAGGAUGACGAUGAUUCAGUCAGCUCCUACAUGGUGCAGGCAGUCUUCAGCAUGCUGUGGUCCACAAUAUUCAUGGAGAUGUGGAAAAGGAGGAGUGCGUCUUUAUCCUAUCGCUGGGGCACUUUCAAUUUAGCCGAACAAUUCCAAGAGCCAAGACCGGGUUUCCAUGGAGAACUCGGCACCAAUCCGGUCACAGGCAGACUGGAGCCGCUGUUUCCCGAAUGGAAGCGGAGGCUUAGGAUGGGUCUGGUGUCAGUGCCCGUGGUUGGGGUGUUUUUGGGUCUGGUGGUCAUGGGGAUGGCAGGUUUCUAUUUCUUUGAGCGCCUGGUCUCAAACUGGCACAAAGGAUCUGGAUCAUACUUCACCGCAGUCUUGCUAUACCUCCCUUCUAUAGCCCAUAUUGUCUACACCAAUGUGCUGGGGAAUAUAUAUCGCAACGUGGCCCUGCGGUUAACAGAAUCAGAAAAUCAUAGGGAGGAAUCAUCUUUUGACUAUCAUCAUACGACCAAAGUCCUCGUGUUCACCUUUUUCAACAACUUUGCUGUGCUGUUCCACAUUGCCUUCUUCAAGGAGGACAUGCCUCUACUGCGCAAGAGACUGGCCUCUCUUCUGAUCAUUACCCAGGUAGUGAAUCAGUUCACUGAGGUGGUGGUUCCUUUCCUGGUGGACCGUUUCCUCACAUCUGGAGACAGGAACCUGAAGGAGGAUGAUCCAGAGGUGGACCAUCUCCAGGCUCAGGGCAGCCUGCCAGCUUUCCCAGGGCUGUUUGCUGAGUACAUCGAGCUGCUUGUUCAGUUUGGCUACUUGAGUCUUUUCUCCUGCGUCUAUCCUCUCACUGCCCCUCUGUUACUGCUCAACAACCUCACAGAGAUCCGCACAGAUGCCUACAAGCUCUGCAAGCUCUUCAACAAGCCCUUUUCUGCCCCUGUGGCCAACAUGGGAGUAUGGCAGCCAGCGUUUGAGGUGCUGAGCUUCAUCUCGGUCAUGUCUAACUGCUGGCUGUUGCUUCUGUCCCCACGUGUGAAGGAAUUCACACAGGAAGCCGGCCUCAGCACCAACAAAGUUCUAGUCAUUGCUGUCAUUGUGGAGCACGUCCUGAUCAUGGUGAAGAUGAUUUUGGCCUUCAUGAUCCCUGAUGAACCGGAUUGGCUCCGAAUCAAGAGAGAACAAAUCGAGUAUCACUCCAUGCAAGCGCUUAAGAAACAGCGGAUCAAGAGCUCUCGUGUGGAUGAUAAACUCUCUCCAAAGGCCAAAAUGGGAGAGUGACCAAGUGACCACUAUUUCUAUGGAGACAAUCACAAAAAAAGGAGGUGCCAUAAAGUCAUAUCACUUAGCCACUGUAUAUUUAGCCUGCUAAUGUACCAUAUGACACAGUUUACCAAAGAUAGCUUCUACAGUUUACAGGCUGUUUAAGCCCCAGUUAAUAAUUGUUUGCGUCAAUGGUACCUUUUGAAAAUUACUGAAAACAGAUUAAGGUCAAGAAAGAUAAAAUUAUGAUAGUGGGUUAACACAGACCCAUAUUGUGCUGUAUUAAUGAUUUUUAAAAGAACAGUUCUCUACAAUCACUAUGGCAUAGAUUUUUUUAAUUUUUUUCGGUUGCUGUUGUUUUGUUUGUAUAUUUGUUUUUACACAUUUUUUUUUGUAAAUAUAUUGUGACAAUUUUAACUGUUUUUAUCCCCCGUUAUAUUUUACAUUUCAUCAAAACUGACUGUAUUCUUACAACCGGUUUUGCUGGUAUAAAUAACCACGCAAUGCUCGCUUCACUGAAUAUAUCAUGCAAAUGUAUAGUGAUGUAAGUGGCCUUGAAGAAACGAAUAAAUAUUCAAACAGCUUUAAACUGAGAAAACCAUGUCAUGUAAUAAAUGGCUUAAACCAUACAAGAAGA